CGGCUUUAAACAAUUUUUUCACCUUGUUUUGACAACGCUAGUUUUUUUAGUGGAACAUACAUGUUGACAUACAAUUGCGUCUUAUUCUGGCAUAUUGAUUUCUACUAAUCCUGGUGCCAGUUUUAAUUAGUCGGAACACUUUCUUCCCGCACAAAUUUCGCCCCAUUUGAUUUUACUGGCGUAUUUUGGGGGUCUUUUUACACAUUAUAGCCUAGAGCCAUUGUGGGACUUUCGUAAGAAACAUUAGGAGAAAAAUAUGUAGCGAAAUAAGCCUCUUAAAUAAAAUGGAGAAAAUUGCGUGGUGAGCGUGAAAUUUGCCACACAUUUUAAUUAUGUGGCUUUAAAAUGUUAAUUGUGAAGUUAUGAAAGACUUAUAAAAGACUCACAGUUACAUUGAAAGUCUCAAAAUAAUUUCAUGAAGAUUUCAUAUGAAGCAGUUGCCAGUUUAACAAAAUCCGCACUCUUUUUUUGCGUAAGCUUCAUUCAUUUUUGUCCACGUGAUUUAGUUUUCUCGAUAUAAUUCUGUUCGCUGCGGACUUUUGAUCAUCGGUUAAACCUUUCAAAUCGUCAAAGUCGCAUCAGAGCUCUAGAAACCACAUCUAAUUCAUUUUGUACUCAGCAUACAUAAGCAAAUUUGAUUAUGACUCUUCAUAAUUCCUUAAUCAAAUUGAUUCGAACAAUCUGAUGACUGAUUCAAGCAGAACAUAAGUUUGCAGUCUCCUCAGUUAUAGAACAAAUAAGGUGGAUUCAAAUCGCCAUUUGAACUGAAGUUUACUUUCGGCCCGAACUGGUUUUCGCCCGAAGUUCACCAACUGAACACUACCUUUACCGCCUCUUGGACAAAUAAAUAACCUGGGCUAAGAGUUCAUUUUGUAUGUUUGCUCAUAAUACUUUCGGGUUUAUAUUGAGCUUUAUCCGCGAUAUAACUUAGAUAAUAACUUGUUAAUUAACCGAUUCAGAUUUGAUGUUGAUUUUGAUUCCUAUUUGGUUUUUAUCUUGGGCUGAUUAAUAUAAUGACUUCUGCCUCCGAUUACAAAAAACUAACCAGGUUUGACAUGAACUGCGAUGGACUCAGGACAGAUGGUGACACGCGCAGCAGCAACAACUCAGACGACAAAUCGAAACUCAAACCCCUCAAUUUUUCCGAACCACCGACAGUUCAAUCCGACAUUCCCCGAAAGUACGACAAACAGCUGAACCUUUCUGAAAACGGCAAAACUUUAACUCCUUUAGAAUCCAUUCUGCGACCGGCGACUCCAAGUUUCAACCCCUUCAAUUCAGACUCAAAUUACUCGACAGUUAUGUCAAACACAAAUCAACUGAGUUUGACGAACGUUGACGACGACCCGAGUCGUGCGCGGAAAAUUAACCUUGUGAGACACUUGUUGCGACACGAGACGGAACCAGGGCUGCCUUCGCUGACCGAACUACAGCAACGCAGAAGAUCAAGCGUGUUCAGAUUUAAUCGACGGAAGAAAAAAACGCGUCUGUUCAACAAGAGUGGCUCCACCAAUGCCAAGUUCAUCAACAUCAAACACAGGGGCCAUAGAUUCAUGGCCGACAUAUUCACCACUGUCGUGGACAUGAAGUGGCGCUGGCUCAUGCUCAUAUUCAUUCUAGCUUUCAACUUCACUUGGGCGCUGUUUGGCUUCUUCUGGUGGCUCAUCAUGUACUUCCACGAGGACUUCGACCACUUCGACGACCCCGUCGGGUCAGAGGGAGAAGUGGAGUGGGACUUCUGUCUGAAGAACACUCGCUCUUACGUGGGCGCAUUCCUCUUCUCGCUCGAGACACAGACCACCAUCGGAUAUGGAUACAGAGUCAUUUCUGAGAAGUGUUCGGAGGGCAUCAUCCUACUUAUCAUCCAGUCAAUCCUGGCCGCCUUCUUCGAGUCUGUGCUCAUCGGAAUGGUGCUAGCUAAGGCCUCCAGGGCCAAGAAGCGUGCGGAGACGGUGGUGUUCUCAAAGAUGGCCUGCAUAGGAGUGUACGAUGGCCAACUACACUUCUCAGUGAGGGUGGGGGACAUCAGAAAUAACUCCUUCCUAGUGGAGGCCCAUGUGCGCAUGUACCUCAUAAAGUCCAAGACCUCCGAGGAACACGACUUCAACCCCAUCGAGUUCUACGACAUGGACGUUGGAUACGAUAACGGUUUCGACCGAGUGAUGAUCAUAGCGCCUAUAAUAUUGCGUCACAAGAUCAACGAGCGCUCCCCUCUCUACAGCUACUCGAAGAGCAACUUCAGCAGACACGACUUCGAAAUAGUGGUGAUAGUGGAGGGGGCUGUGGAACAGACUGGCAUGACCACCCAGAUGAGGACCAGCUACACUCCAGAUGAAAUCCUCUGGGGACACUACUUCAAGCAGAUGAUCCAACGUGAGCGUGGACAGUACGUGGUGAACUUCGGAUUGUUUGAUGCUGUCUACGAGCACGAGACAUUACCCUACUCGGCCGAGGAUCUGGACCGACUGCAGAAUGGAGAGAGUCCGGAAGAAGACCUGCCGCUGCAGGAAGAGAAAACCACCGACACUUCCAAAAAACACCUAAACACCAUUCGAUUUCGGGUGACGUCAGUGGCGGAACCACCGGCUGCAAAUUCCCUUCCUAGUUCUCCCACCAAAAUCAACAAUCCAUCAGCCAAUCAAAUCGACGAAAACCAUCACAUGUCUCUACCAAACGGGGGAGCCGACACGAUACCCCUUCUAAACAACAUUGUACAGUCAGGACAGUCAAAAGAAACGCGGGAGGAAAACGUCAGCACGCCUUCCGGCGGCACACCUUCAUAUAGGGAGAAGCACGCGCCAGUGAGUCUUGCCAAUGCUGACCAACAUAAUCAUAAUCAGCAGGAGUCCAGAAACAGCAGCGAGAGCUCAAACGCCCAACAUACGAAUUCAGGCUCAGCCGAAAACAACGCACUAAACGUUGCCAAUGGGUAACAGUUAUGUAAUCUUUAUUAUGCAUUUGUUGGGUCUUUAUUAUGAGUCUUUCAGCAGAUGAGUUGCUUUUGAAAAAUGAAGUUAUUGACCAAUCCAACACUGGGCGAUUAUCUUGAUGUGAUAGGAAAGUUUUAAAAAAAGCUGAUUUGCUAUAUUAGCUGGAAAAAAUGGAAUAGAUGAAAUCAGUCGAUUAGUUGUUAAUUUAAUAAAUAAUUGGAGGUAAUUUAAAUUUCAGUUCGUGAACCGCAAAUAUAACCCCAGUCCCAGAUCUAUCGUGUAGUUUUGAUUUUAUUGAUAAAUAUUUUUCUUUGUCUAUUUUUUGUUAGGAGAAUUAUUUUUGCAAUAUG